GGCGCGCGAGGCGCGAGGGCGGCGGGAGCGCUGCGGCCCGAGCGGGGGGUGCUGCGGCCCGGCCCGUGCGCGUCCGCCGGAGACAGCGCGGCCCCAGAGCUCAGGACCAGAUGAGCAGAGGGAGGUUUCUCUGAAGAUCAGAGUCGCCCCGGCCGUGCCUCCGGCUGUCCCCGCGGCGGGCCCGGCGCAGCGCGAGGAGGCGGGAAAAUGUCCCACGCUCUGAAGCAGGUGUUCAACAAGGACAAAACCUUCCGGCCCAAGCGCAAGUUCGAGCCGGGCACGCAGCGCUUCGAGCUGCACAAGAAGGCUCAGGCCUCGCUCAACGCCGGGCUGGACCUGAAGGUGGCCGUGCAGCUGCCGCCGGGCGAGGAGCAGAACGACUGGGUGGCCGUGCACGUCGUGGACUUCUUCAACCGCAUCAACCUGAUCUACGGCACCAUCAGUGACUAUUGCACCGAGCAGUCCUGCCCCGUCAUGUCGGGGGGGCCCAAGUACGAGUACCGGUGGCAGGACGAGCACAAGUACCGCAAACCCACCGCCCUGUCGGCCCCCCAGUACAUGAACCUGCUCAUGGACUGGAUCGAGGUGCAGAUCAACAACGAGGACAUCUUCCCCACUAACGUUGGUACUCCCUUCCCCAAGAACUUCCUCCCAGUGGUGAAGAAGAUCCUGUCCAGGCUCUUCCGGGUCUUUGUCCACGUCUACAUCCACCACUUCGACAGGAUCACCCAGAUGGGCUCGGAAGCCCACGUGAACACCUGCUACAAGCACUUUUACUACUUUGUGAAAGAGUUCAAUCUCAUAGACACCAAGGAGCUGGAGCCCCUGAAGGAAAUGACCUCCCGGAUGUGCCACUGAGCUCUGACCUUCCUGCUCCCACCUCGGCGCCUCCUGCGAGGGCCCAGCCCCGCUCCCGCCUCGGAGUCGCCGCUCAAGGGGAGAACAGAGACGUUUUCUUAAAGAAAUGAUAUAUUUUUAAUGAGUUUCGAUGUAAAACUGUGAUAUUGCAGGAAUAUUUUUUUAAAGAUGCUUUAGAUUAACUAGUUUUUUAUAGGAAUUUCUAUUAAAAAAAAAAAAAAAGAGAGAGAAGAGAGAGAAAAAUAUGUUGAGGGCCAUUUGAUGGGAAUGUCCGCUCUUGGACAGGGGAGGAGCUGCCCUGAGCUGCCCCUUUCCCUGUGCCCUGAGUGAGCUGAGCCAGACACUUCAUUCAGAGCUGUGUGUGGAGCUGGUGCUGCCAUGGAAGCAGAACUUCCCUCGGGACACCCAUUCCCACCCCUGGAGGCAGGGUACCUGGGGGCUGGGGAGGGAAUGCUGGAUCCCCGGGGUGCUGCUUGGUUCCAGCACCUCUUCCACGGGCUGUGAGGCCAGUUUUGGGCAGAGCUUUGUGCCCAGGGCUUGGCCCUGCUCGUGUUCCCUUCAGAUGAGCUGGGAGCAGGGUUUUCCCCAUGGUUGCUGCUGGUGGAAUCUGCCCUGCUCCCCUGUAGGAGCAGCUGAACAACACAACAGCAGCCACCUGGAUGACAGAGAGAAGAAGAAAAUACCUAAAGCAGAAAUAUUGUAGUCCAAGCUCUCCAGGCAGGCAGAUGUUCCCCUAUCUCCCCACAUACCACACAGCCCCACGUGACUGCUUCCAGCCCCAGAGAACAGCCAUGCUUCAAGCAGCUUUGCAGCCUGACCUUGGGAUUCUUUUCACACACACACACAGUAAUCUUAGCUCUGGCUCGCUCAGAACCACAAUAUUUUUGCUUUAGUAUUUUCUUCUUUUACCAUCCAGGUGGCUGCUGUUGUCUUGUUCAGCUGCUCCUGCACUCCCCUGGUGCAGCUCAGCGCUGUCCCCACGGGGAUCCACUGGCAGCCCUGGGCCAAGCUGUGGAAAUGA